GUGAUGCGUCCGUCCAUGGGGAACGAGCGGCCGCCGGGACGUCCCGUGUCUGGCUUCAUGCCGGGCUUCGCUCCCUCCGCCCCCCCGCCGUCGGGUGCGCCCUUCACGGCCGCUACUGGGCUCGCGCGACCCGGUGGCGCGGUCGGCCCGUUCGCCCCGCCGCCGCUCCAGCAUGGUGCGCCAGUCCCGCAGGCGGUUGCUCCUCCCGGGGCGCCGUUCGGGGCUGCUCCGCCCGCGGCAAUGGGUGGGUACAGAGGCCCCGCACCGCCUCAGGGGCCCUUCGGCGCCGGACCGCCGCCUCAGAGACCGUUCACCACGUCCCCGUCGCCACAGGGUGGCCCCUUCUCCACCGUGGCUUCUCCUCAGGGACCCUUCGGCGCUGCGCCUUCAUCCCAGGGACCCUUUGGCCCCGCGCCUCCUUCACAUGGACCCUUCGGAACAGCGCCUCCUUCCCAGGGACCCUUGGGUGCCACGUCGCCGCCAGCUCAGGGCCCGUACUCUGCGGCGCCUCCAUCGCAUGGCCCUUUUGCCACAGCUCCUCUACCUUUCCGCCCUUUGAUAGCUCCCCCGCAGCCGCAAUCCCCCACCACAGGGAGCGCCAUGCCUCCGUCGACCUAUGUGAGGCCACCACAGGUACAGUCCCAGCAGCCGCCCGUGCAACCCAUGCAAGGAUACUACCCCGGUGGCCCUCCUUCGAACCCGCAGUUCCCGAUGUCCCGGCCAACGUUUCAGCAGCCAAUGCAAAGCAUGCCACCGCCUCCAAUGGGGCCACCUUCCGCUUAUAGUAAUCAGCCAUCAUAUCCUGCUACAGCGCCUCCAAUGGGCACACUCCAGAGCUUAGUGGAGGACUUCCAAUCUCUAUCACUGAGUUCUGCCCCUGGUUCGCUUGAUCCGGGUGCUGAUGUGAAAGGGCUGCCACGUCCAUUGGAGGGCGACGAGGAGCCCGCUAAGGUUUUAGAGGCGUACCCACUGAACUGCCACCCGAGGUACUUCCGUCUGACAACCCACACUAUUCCGGCGUCCCAGUCGUUGGUCUCCAGGUGGCAUUUGCCCCUUGGUGCCGUGGUGCAUCCUCUCGCAGAAUCACCUGAUGGGGAGGAAGUGCCAGUUGUCAACUUCGGGACAGCUGGUGUAAUCCGCUGUCGAAGAUGUAGGACAUAUAUAAACCCUUAUGCAACAUUCGCAGAUGCUGGAAGGAAAUGGCGCUGCAAUCUUUGCACGUUGCUCAAUGAUGUUCCUGGUGAGUACUUUUGUGCUCUUGAUGCCAGUGGCAGAAGAUAUGAUACAGAUCAAAGACCAGAGCUUUCUAAAGGAACAGUGGAGUUUGUUGCUCCUACUGAAUAUAUGGUUCGGCCACCAAUGCCGCCUUCCUAUUUCUUUCUUAUUGAUGUCUCGGUAUCUGCAGUUCGAAGUGGGUUGCUUGAGGUAGUUGCAAGGACCAUCAAAUCAUGCCUUGAUGAUCUUCUAGGCUUUCCUCGAACACAAAUUGGAUUCUUAACCUUUGACAGCACAUUACACUUCCACAAUUUCAAGUCUUCCUUGAGUCAACCUCAAAUGAUGGUGGUUGCUGAUUUGGACGAUGUUUUUCUGCCAUUGCCGGAUGAUCUCUUGGUUAAUUUGGUCGAUUCUAGAGAGGUUGUCGAGACAUUCCUCGAUAGCUUGCCCAAUAUGUUUCAUGAUAAUGUAAAUUUAGAAUCUGCUCUGGGUCCUGCACUUAAAGCAGCAUUCAUGGUUAUGGGUCAAAUGGGCGGAAAGUUGCUUGUCUUCCAGAGCACGUUGCCAUCUCUUGGUAUUGGCCGUUUGAGACUUCGAGGAGAUGAUGUGCGUGCAUAUGGAACAGAUAAGGAGCAUCUUCUAAGGGUACCAGAAGAUCCUUUCUAUAAACAGAUGGCCGCUGAGUUCACGAAAAAUCAGAUCGCAGUGGACAUCUUUUCUUUGAGUGACAAGUAUUGUGAUAUAGCCUCCUUAGGUUCUCUGGCAAAAUAUACUGGUGGUCAGGUGUACCAUUAUCUAUCCUUCCAGGCAACUACUCACGGAGAGAAACUUAAUCAUGAGCUUAGCAGAAACCUUACUCGGGAGACUGCUUGGGAAUCUGUUAUGCGUAUCAGAUGUGGAAAAGGGGUGCGUUUCACAACAUAUCAUGGUCAUUUCAUGCUAAGGUCGACAGAUUUGUUAGCUCUUCCAGCUGUUGACUCUGAUAAAGCGUUUGCGAUGCAACUAUCUCUAGAGGAGACCCUAAUGACCACACAGACUGUAUACUUCCAAGUGGCAUUGCUAUAUACAUCAUCUUCUGGUGAAAGACGUAUCAGGGUGCAUACAGCAGCCGCACCUGUGGUCACAGAUCUUAGUGAAAUGUAUCGUCAAGCAGAUACUGGUGCCAUCGUGUCAUUGUUGGCUAGAAUCGCUGUCGAAAACUCACUGUCUGAUAAGCUGGAUAGUGUUCGACAACAAUUACAGUUAAAGCUCGUGAGAAGUUUGAAAGAGUACCGGAACCUAUAUGUUGUGCAACAUCGGAUAGGAGGGAGGCUGAUAUAUCCAGAAUCAUUAAGAUACUUGCCACUGUACAUCCUAGCCAUAUGCAAAUCUCUUGCUCUGCGUGGUGGUUAUGCUGAUGUCUCUCUUGAUGAACGUUGUGCCGCUGGUUUCAGUAUGAUGAUACUGCCUGCGAGAAGGCUGCUCAAUUUUAUUUACCCUUCUCUGUACAGGCUUGAUGAAGUAUUGACAGUGGAGCCAGAAAGGAUUGAUGGGUCCCUAAGGCGGGUGCCACUAACCUUGCAAUGUUUAGACACUGCUGGUUUAUAUCUUCUUGACGAUGGCUUCACCUUCCUAGUAUGGUUAGGUAGAACGCUUCAACCUGAGCUCGCGAAUAACAUUCUUGGAGUCAGCUUGGGAAACUUCCCUGAUCUAUCAAAGAUCCAGUUGAGAGAAUGUGACAACAGUUACUCAAGAAAUUUUAUGGCAGUAUUAAGAACCCUAAGGGAGAAGGAUUCUUCGUGUUUCCAGCUGCCCCGUGUGGUACGGCAAGGUGAGCAGCCCAGGGAAGGCUUCUUGCUUCUGUCCAACCUGGUCGAGGAUCAGAUGGCUGGAACUAGCAGCUACAUGGACUGGAUACUCCAGAUUCACCGGCAAACACAGAGCUGAUGGGCGAACUGGCAAUUUUGUUUUUAUGUAAAAUGCUGCAGAUUCAGUUUCUGCUCUGGAACUGGCCGUCCUCUUUAACUGCCGGAGCUAAAUCGCGAGCCAGCCGUAUGUCAGUCGCUCGCUCGACCUGGGGUGCAAACUUUAUUGUUAAUAUUUUGCUCCUGUGAUUAAUUUUUCGCCGUGAGAAAGAAUGUAAGUGCUGUAUCAGAAUAAUUAGGCAGCAAUGGUAAAUUAUACAACUGGAGUCGUGAAAGAUGUUUGUACGUUUUCUUACUCUUGAGAAUUUUAGGUGCUAAAGUUGAUGUAAACUACUAUUUGUUUAGCAGUUGACUCUGUUUCCAUAUGUGAUUGGAAUACAACUGUGGGUUUGCUUAAA